AUGGCUUGUAACUACAAGGUGCAUCUUCGAGCUGCGUCACCAUUUUGGCGAUGGUACGAGCAAACGUUCAAAGAUAUGUUUUGUGAUCUAGGACGUCUUUGUCGACUAUGGGAUAGCGAACGGGAGGAGGAACGAGAGCGGGAGCUGAAACGGGAGCUAGAACGCGAUGGAUCGCGGGAAAUUUUGAAUGCGGCUACUUGGGUCAUUUAUUCGUCCAGACGCCGAUUCACUUGGUCGUUUGCGUCUUUCCACGAAUAA